AUGGGCCCAGCGCUCCCAGAGACGCCAAGGGAGGAAAGCCCAACGUCGGAGCUGUACAAGGUUGUAAAGCAGCUCCGCUCUCUGUGGCUCCCUGUGAUCCUGGGUGGGGUGAACACGGGCAUCCAAACCUCCAGCUUGUCCUACAUCGGUUUAAACUUCUUCGCCCAGCAGUACACGAGCUUGAGGCCGGAAGAUAUCCACUGCGAGGAUACACCGGAGCUGGUUUACUGCCAGGCUGCCAUCAAGGACAACCUUUUCUGGAGCAGCAUUAUUGGGGCCGCGGGCUCCUUCCUCCACUUCACGCUGGGCCCCUUCCUGGGCUCUUUGAGCGACACGAUUGGCCGUAGACCGGUGAUCCUGCUGUGUAGUUUCCUUGGCUACCCGAGCCUAAUGGCGUUGAUUCUCUUCGUGUACAGAAACACCAGCUUGUACUACACCUUUGCUCUCCUUCCUUUGGCAGAACUGCCGGUGCUUGCAAUCUGGUUCGCUUUCAUCGUGGAUUUGAUGGAGGACACUCGUGACAGCAGCGUGGCUUUCGGCCUUAUCAUGGCCGCCGGACUCCUCGCCACGAUGUUGGGAACUGGAAUUGGCGCAGCACUGACCCUCAAAGCAGGCGUACUCGUCAUGGCCAUUGUUUACGUCGUGAUCCUUCUGCCAUACCUGGUGUGCUGUCUGCCUGAGACGCUACCAUCCACCAAGCGCCAACCGCUAAGCUGUGCGGCUGCUGCCCCGGGGUUGGGCCUGGGUAUCCUGGCGCGAAAUGCGCUGUUUGUGCAGCUGUCAACCCUGGUCAUCGGCAGCACUUUCAUUGGCAACGGUUUCCAGCGGGUCAGCACAAGCUUUCUGCAGACCUACGUGCACUGGCCGAAAUCCUGCAACAACUUCGCCAUAGCCAUUGCUAUGGCUUCCAGCGUGGCUUGGGCCGGAGUGGGCCUCUCUUUCACGACACGGAUCGCGGGAGAUGUGGGCACCCUAGGCUUGGCUCUCUUUGCGGGUGCUCUGUACAUGCUCUGCUUCGCCUUCGUCACGGAGGCAUGGCAUGUGUAUCUCCUGAACGCGGUACUUUUGGGGCCCCAGGCCUUGGCGUUUCCUGCCACCUCUGCCAUCAAGAGCCGAUUGGUGGCGGAGAGCGAGCAAGGGCAGCUGCAGGGUGCCCUCACAACCGGAAAGAGCAUUGCGGAGUCACUGGGGCCUUUGAUCUUCAGCUUCCUCUUCCAGGAGGGGACAGCCAUGUUGCGUGUCUGGCUGUCUUCUGGAGCCGAGUUGGCUGCUGUCCCGGUGGAUGAAGUGCCUGACGUGAAGAGCCUGAAAAUGCGCCUUUGCCCCGUCUGUGGGACGAGCCGCUUCAGGCAGCGACUCCUGCAUGCCGGCUCGGACUUGCCUGAUAUCUUUCGGAUCGACCACCCAAUGGACUUCAACCUUGUGCUCCUGCCUUUUGCCGAAUCCACACAAGAGCAGAUGGAUGAGUUGGCCGAGGCAGCUCGCGGUGGCCGCCAGGCUGACGUCGAGGGGAUGCUUCAGCGCCCACAGGAUCCCAAUCGGCUUGGGGUCGUCGACGCCGUAGAGUUGGAAGCACCUCUGGUCUUGGCAACACUGGAAGGCCACAUGGAGGUGGUCUCCCUCUUGUUGGAGGCCAAAGCCAAUCCGAACUUCUACGAAGAUGUUGAUGGAUUGCGGGGUCCAUCUCUCAACGUUGCUUGCAGUGGACGGUCCGCAGAUAUCGUUCACUUGUUGCUCGAAGCAGGGGCAGACACGAAUCACGUGUGCACAAUCUUUGGAACCCCAGGGGAGACAGCCCUAGGCUGCGCUUGUGAAAGCGGACAUCUCGAAGCAAUUCGCGCUCUACUGGAUGCCGGGGCUGAUAAGAACUUGGCCCAUAACGGAGGCCCUCCCCUCUGCAUCGCAACUGAAUUUGACCACCUCCAAGCCGUUCGUUACUUGCUCCACUGCGGGGCUCUCCAAGAUUUACCUGAUGAAUGUGGCUUGACUUCACUUCUCUGGGCAUCUUCCAAGGGGCACAUGGAGAUAGCUACUUUACUUAUAGAUUUCGGGGCGGCGAAGAAUGCCGCGAACCCCAUCGACAUUACUGCCCUAGUCUGCGCUUCGUGCCGUGGCCAUGUUGAAAUUGUCCGCUUGUUGCUGGCAGCGGAUCCGGGCCGUGAGUUCGUUGGAAAUGUAGGAGAGUUGGGGACUGCGCUCAUAGCCGCUUCGAACCAGGGAAAUGUGCAGACUGUACACCUCUUAUUGGAGGCCCAGGCUGAUGAAGAGCUGCUAUGCAAGCUCGUUCCAAGUGCCCUUUUUUGUGCCACAUGUUGGGGUUAUGAAAGGACCGUUCGUGUGCUGUUGGAUUUUCUGGCUGACAGGGGCUGGGCCUGCGACUGCGGCUUAGCACUGACUUGUGCGGUCGACAACGGACAGACUGAAAUUGCGCGCCUGCUGCAGCAGGCUCAGCGAGCUACUGGGAGGUGGGCUCCGUUAGCCGACGGAACAGCCGUAUCGCUCAUGAACUCAGCCAGACGUGGCGACGGACGGAUGAUUGAGAUGCUGCUGGAGGCAGGAGCCAGUGAAAAUCUCGCAGACCACGCCCGCUUGACAAUUCUGGCGAGUGCAUCCCACACAGGCGACAUAGAAAUCAUGAGUCUGCUGCUACAGACGCUGGGCGAUACGGGCUUAGCUGGCAGCGUCAGCCCACCAGCGUUGGCCUUUGUUUGCGCUGUUCACUCUGGCCACUUUCAAUCUGCAAAUAUCUUAUUUCACCAUGUGGCUUUCGACAAGAACUUUCCCGCCGAAGACGACAUCAGCUUCCAAUCUUGGUGGCCUUUGUUCUGUCGCUGCCAUUGCUUUGUGUUGUCGUGGCUCUCCCACAGAGGUUGGCCAGCUACAUUAUCCAAAAGCAGGCGGCUGAACAGAGCGCCAUCCUGGAGUUGGAGAAUCUGGAGGCCGAGGACGUCAGCUUGCUGGACAAGUCGCAAAGGGAGAGGCUGCUGUGAAGAGUGGGACAUGGCAAUGCACCACCUCCCCAGUCUUGGCAGAAUCUCUCCGAUCGCUUUCAGCAUGAAAAGCUCGUUUGCAGGGCUCUGGGCGUUGCUUCGUACCCUAAGCGCUUGUAUGUUUGUAGGCUAA